GUGCAGUUCGUAAGCUUGAUGACGAUGAUCAUGAUCAUUAAUUCCAGCAAUAUUUAACCUCGAGCAUUCAAGUUGAAAGCCCACACUCGCCAUUAAGAGGUCACCUUUCUCUUUCACGAUCAGUAACUAUGCGUGUAACUCGAUUCCUUUCCCUGUCUCUCUUGCCUCUCGCUGCUCUCUCCGCUCCCAACCCGGCUCCACGACCCCACCCUGGACUUGGAGUCGGCCAACCUGGACCUAUUGGUGAUGAACUCGACAGGCGUUUCGAUUUUUCGUCUAUCUUUGGAGACAUCACUUCUGUCUAUGGUGCCGUGACAAGCAUUGGAGGGGAAGCGUUCACUGUGAUCACCGUUGCCGGGGGAGGGGUUUACACUCUAGCUCAAAGUGCUGGUGGAUACGUGACGAGCUUUGGAGGGUCUGUUUUUACCCUUGCAACUGGAGCUGCCGGUGGUCUUUUCACCGAUGUCACCAGUAUCGGUGGGAAAGCAUACACAAUCAUCACCUCCAAGGGAGGUAAAGCAGUCACGAUCGCCGAAUCCGGUGUUGGUCUCGUCACGAGCUUUGGGGGAUCAGUUUUUACUAUUGCGACCAGUUUGGGAGGAGAGGUCUUUUCGGACGUGACAAGUUUCGGAGGACAAGCGUAUACGAUCAUAACCCAAGAUGGAGGAAAAGCGAUCACGCUUGCGAAAACCGGUGGUGGCAUAGCUACUUCCUUUGCUGGGAGCGUUUAUACGGCUGCAACGUCCGUACCGUAAGUCUUCCCCGCUUCUCUUGCUUCUCUUCCGAAUUGCACUUAAUACCGUGGCGGCUUCUCCCUCUUCAAAAAAUCAUAGCGGUGCGGGAACGUCGGUGUUCUAUUCUGCGAAUCCGUUGCUUUCGAGUCAGAACUUCCUUAGUUAUUUGGCUGCUUUUUCAGCGAUGCUUGUGGGCGCUUGUGCCGUGCUUUGAAGCACGAAG